AUGCCCGCACUUUACGCACAAAUAAAUCUGAUGGCCUUCGAAACAGCAAGCGCACACCCGGAGUUGAACCACGGUCAUUCGUUGGCCCACGUUUCGAUUUCUGGCCUUAAUCCUAGUGAGUUCCUCUGCGGUCUAAUCAAAAUUCAGUCGAUUAAAGGUAUCCAGACUGUCUCCGUCUCGCAAGAGACUUCCCAUCAUCCUCUCCAGGCCAUAGCAUUCAGGCAACCGUUUAAACUCGAGACCGUAUUUACUUAUACCCAACCGAAUCUCAAGUUCUCCGUUAAACCGGAAUUAAACGCUCCACCGUCACCCGAAGAAAACCCAACAGACGUUUUUUCAUUCACUCAACCAGGGUCCGGAUUCGCUGUCCCUCCACCGGCUCCACCGGCUCCUACAAAAUCCUUCUCGGAUCUUCGAUACAUAGACGACUUUCCUAGUGAUUGGCAAGAAGAAUUGCCUACUGGCUAUAUCCAAAGAGCGGGAAAACUCGAAGCCACACACAUAAAGGCUGCCCCCGACGCAUCUAAAAAGUCAGUCAAGGCUAUAGGAGGUUGGGAAGUCCUUACAAGUUUCGAACCCGAGACAGAUAUCGAAAACUUUCUUAUUCCAGCAGAAGAGGAAGAGGAGAGCGGAAAAGUAGACAUUACCGCAUUUGAAGUUAAGGACAAUAUUGCCACAAGGAAAGAGUGGAAGCCUGUUACUCAAUUCGAAGACGAGCUCGACAUAAGCAAGUUUGUCCAGGAAGAACUGGAGAGUCGAGAACCCAAAGAAUCUAAACCGGAAGGAACCGAAGAAGCCAAACCGGCACCUAAGAAGGAAACACCGUUAUUGACGUACCCAAAGAUUGAAGCCCUGCUUCCGUCAAAGGACAACAUUAUCGUCUAUACCCGCCAGGUUCUUACCUAA